AUGAAUCGUUCAUCCUCGAUUCACUGCUUUUUACAAACACCUAACAACAUCCAUCAUUAUCGUCCGCAAGCUGAAGAUAUCUUAUCAGAUGAAGAUUUGCUCGACCUAUUUCGAAUUAUCAAACAGAUCAUCAGAAAAAAGCCUGACUCUGAACGAAUCGCCAAACUUUACUUUUGUAUAACUUAUGCUAUGGGCGAUCUAUACCAGUUUUAUAAACCUAUUCACAGUGAUGUUCUAAUCUUUAAAGAUGAAUCAAAUGUCAGUAUAGGCCCUAUUUUUGCUGAAGUACAAUUGCCUCCUUCGGCUACUUGCUGUCAGAAUGUACUACCAGAAGAUCCUUUGCUGACAACCAGUACAACAAGAGCAAUUACUGCGUCUCCAGCACAAGCCGCCGCACUGACACCAACCACGCCUAAUGGAACAAUAAACAAUACCAAAAGUGUAACGACAAAAUGGAAUAACCACCAUUAUUACUAUAAUCACCAUCAUCACUCUUCUACCGUUGCUGCUGCUGUCGCCUCAUCAGCAAACGCUGGCGUUUCCACACCAAACCAUCCUAAUUUAUCUUCGCAACCGAGUGCUGCUGCUGCUGCCAAUUCUGCAGUACCAGCAAGCGCAGUAGCAGUACCUCAAAGAAUAUUAUCCGUUUCUUAUUUAACUAAUCCUUCUCCACAACACAAAGCGAGUCCCCAAGUCUCUGAUUCACAGCUUUUAUCGCGUGAACAUAGAGAAUCAGCUGCUCAGGCAGCAGCAGCAGCAGCACUAGCUACACCAACAGCCACACCUACACCAACAGCUGUAGAUGUUGAUGAGACAGCAACGGAUCAAUAUACAGUUCGACCUUAUACUAACCUUCGUUCUGCCUAUCCUGUUCAUCAUCAACCCUCCGCUUCUUCUUUAUCUUGGUCUUCAUCAUCAGCAACGCCCCUAGAAGAGCCAGGUUCUCCACCUCCACCACAACCUUCUCAUGCUUCUAUGCCACCACAAACAUCAUCACAACAACAACAACAACAACAACAGCAUGCAUUGUAUCAUCAGCAUCCUCAUCAUUUUCAAUCAUCUACUUUUUCCUAUCAGUCACAGCAACAGCAACAACAAAGGUUAUCUUCAAGCUCUGCAAGCAUCAAUGGAGGGUCGGCGCCGCCGCCUCCUCCACCUCCUUCAUCCGUAUCUUCAUCUCAUGAUAUACAUCAUUCAACGCCUCUUACUACACCGUCCUCUGGUUCAACAUCUUCUAUGGUGUUUGGAUCAAUAACGGCAAACAGCAUCACAACAACAACUGAAGCAAGCUCACCUACCAUGGGCAAUUCUUUCCCUUCCUCAAAUACCACAGCUGUUUCAUCAACUCAUAUGUCUACUGCCGCUACAAUGACUGCGAAUACUGUCACUACCGGACAACAAUCAUCGUUUGUUUCCAAUCAUAGUAAUAGCUCUAGCUCGACCACGGGUAACUCUUAUACUACUUUAUCAAGAUAUCCUCAUCUGAAUACCCUUAUUCAUGGUAAUGGUACCAAUACUGAAGUCCUGAUGGAACCUAAACAGAGAGGUUUCUAUUAUCAAGACGGUCGUAUCACAAGAGAACCUGCUUUAUUACAACGUUAUGCAGAACAAGGUGUCUUAACACAAGCUUCUUUGAUGAGGAAGAGAAAAAAGAUCUUUGGUCAACUGGAUCAGGAUUACCCCUCAAGUUAUGUUGAGGCUUUGAGUACACCUGCACCAGCCAAGAAACCAAAAAUUCCUCAUCGACAUGGUGAAUUUAGACAAAGACGUGAUGAUAUCAUCAGUAGAAUGAGAACCAUAUUGAUAUCCGAUCUAGAACAGAAAGCACAACGAUUACCAGAAUCCUUCACGCUAAGCAUUGAGAAAGCGACUUUGUCACCUAACGUGGUCUAUUCAAAUCUGAGCACAGAGGAAGCAGGCAAACUACUUGCACCUGCUCUUCGUAUUCUUUGCUACCAUUCCAACAUGAAGCCUCACUUGGAUAACGGCAUGAAUCAAAAUGGCAUUUAUUAUAACAACGAUUAUUUCCGUUUGUAUUUGGCCUUUGUUCAGUUUCAAGAGAUUUUCGCUACACUGUUCCCUAAUGAAGUGGUGCGUAUUACAAGCUUUUUGGAUGAUAUUAUUAACAACAACAACAAUAGCAACAACAGUAGCAACAGCAACAGCAAUGCUACUUCACCAUCGGCUGAUAACCAGUUAUCCUCCAAUUCAUCCCAAAUGGAACGCGAUAAAGAUCGUGAACGUAAUGCCAAUAUGAAAGCCUACCGUGGUUGGAUAGAACCCUUCUUGGCAGAAACAAACUGGGCAGCUUUCAGAAGAAAUAUUAUGGUAGGCGAACGUAUUAUGCAAUUAACUAAAGUCGUUGGUCAAGGUGUUCUCUUAAUGACGAAAGAAUUGAGCGGUUCGAAAUUGCAUUUGACGUUUACUAAUAACGAAUGGGAAGAAUUCAUUCAAGGUCUGUCGCAGGGUCUUUGGGAUGACACGAUUGACUGGAGUCAUGACGAUGAUGCCUAUAUAUAUAACGAUGAGCAGCACGCUUAUAGAAAGAAAAAGGAUCACAUUAAUGGCGGUUCCUUGCUCGUCAAUGAGUUGAAAAUGAAGUUUGCUACUCACUUUUGGUUUACCGAAGAUGGUAAAUUGGUCCCUCCUGCCGAACGAAAGCGAUUAAGAGCUUUAGAACGUCAGCAGAACAAUAAUAAUGGCAAUAGUAACAAUGCUAGCAGCAACAACAACGAUAAUAAUAAUAACAAUAGCAGCAGUACUGGUAACAAUAAUGGUAACAGCAGUAAUAGCAGUAGCAAUAGUAUUGAUAAUAGCAGCAAUAGCAGUUUAACUUCCAACAACAAUGACGCUAGUAACCAUAGCAAUUACAAUAACAAUAAUAACACAAGCAAUAUAGACCAUCAUGUAAAUAAUAACGACUAUGACAAUAAUGUAUAG